GUGUACAAUAUAAUGAUUCACCAUCCUAUACAUUUCUCACUGCUCGUCAAGUUAAGUGUACUCUCCUUUCUGCGUUGUUGCAUCCGAGAGAACAAGAUGGCUCACCAGGAGCUCUACUGGAGCCAUCUGAGGAAAGAUGUCCAGGGUUCUUGCCACAUCUGCUCAAACCAGCAAGGUCUGAUCCAGAAAAAUGGCCUCAAUAUUUGCUGCCAGUGUUUCUGUCAAUAUGCGAAGGAGACAGGCUUUAUUAAGCGGGAUUAA